AUGGCGACUACGAAUUCUAUACUGCCCGAACGGCAUGCGCCCGGUGUAGUCACAAACGGCCAAGCGAAGAAGAAACGAAUUCUUCUAAACGCCUUUGAUAUGAAUGGCAUCGGACACAUAAGUCCAGGCCAAUGGCGCAAUCCAAUCGACAAGUCUAAAUACAAGAAUAGAUUGGAAUACUGGCUUGAUCUUGCGAAGCUAUUGGACCGCGGGAAAUUCAACGCCCUCUUUCUCGCGGACAACUUUGGAUCCCAUGACAUUUACGCGGGGAGCCAUGAUCCUGCUAUCCGCGCAGGCACUCAGUGGCCCAUGUAUGAUCCGUUUGUGAUCAUUUCCGCCAUGGCGUCCGUGACGAAAAACGUAGCGUUUGGGGUCACGUCCUGCACGACCUUUGAACCGCCCUUUUUGUUGGCGAAGAGAUUUUCGACCUUGGAUCAUGUUACCAGGGGACGGAUUGCGUGGAAUAUUGUCACAUCUUGGUCCGACAAUGCAGCGAGAGCAGUGGGCCUCGAAGAGUUGCCGGAACAUGAUUUGAGAUAUGAAAUGGCCGAGGAAUAUCUUAAUUUGAUGUAUAAACUCUGGGAGGGCUCUUGGGCCGACGACGCCGUCAUUCAAGAUGCUGAACACGCAACGUACACCGAUCCUUCCAAGGUCCGGAAGAUCUCGCACAAAGGUCGCUUCUUCAAGUGCGUGAGCGCACACUUGGUGGACCCGUCACCUCAACGAACGCCGGUGCUAUUUCAGGCUGGGAUGUCACCGGCCGGUGCGGCAUUCGGUGCCAAACACGCGGAAUGCAUCUUUAUCGGCGGUAGAUCUCCCGCAUUCGUACGUACCAAGAUCGACGAGACGCGCAAAUUGGCGGCGUCUCAAGGCCGAGAUCCCCGUUCUCUGAAAUUCUUCGUACAAUUUACACCGAUCCUCGGCGCCACGGACGAAGAAGCAAAAGCAAAACUAGCCGAGUACCGCAAAUACGCCAUUCCCGAGGGUGGUCUGGCGUUGUUUUGCGGGAUCUCCAAGAUCGACGUGAGCAAGUUUCCCCUGGACGAAGAGUUCCCCAAGGACAAAGACCACGCGUUGUACGUCGGUCUGAGCCCGCGUGCUGUGGAAGCACUCACCCACAAGCCCGAUGGAUUCGAGACAUGGACACCGAGAGACCUUGGAAAUUUCCAGGCAAUCGGCGGCAGUGGGACCUUCCUCGCGGGCAGCGCCCAGACUGUCGCGGAUGAGAUGGAGAGAUGGAUUAACGAGGGGGACGUGGAUGGGUUCAAUAUCGGACAUGUCGUUGUGCCAGGGGCGUGGGAGGACGUGGUCGAUUUCUUGGUCCCAGAGCUAGAGAAGAGGGGAUAUGAUCAAGACUAUCCGGCUGAAGGGGCCACCGCGAGAGAGAAUUUGUACGGGGCUCCCGGGGCAUGGAAACUGAGAGAGGACCAUCCGGGUAGGAAAUUUGCUUUUGAUGAGUACGGGAAAAGUUGGCAGUGA